CAAAAUUACCAACCACGCAGCAGCCAGCUAUAGAAACUUCUCAGACUUUUUAAGACUCGAGUUUUUUUUUGUAAGAAAUUUGGACUGAAAUAUGCCUCCAAAAAAAGCUCCGGCGACCAGCAAGAAAACCGAACAGAAAAAGAAGGAGAAAGUCAUUGAGGACAAGACAUUCGGUUUGAAAAACAAGAAGGGUUCUAAGCAGCAGAAAUUCAUCCAACAAGUUCAGAAGCAGGUGAACAGUGGUGGUCAACAUCCACGCACCGAUAACAAAAAGAAAGAUGAAAAGGAGAAGAAAUUGCAGGAGCAGAAGGAAUUGGCAUUGAUCUUCAAACCGGUACAAAAGGUGGAUAAGGGCACAGAUCCCAAAUCGGUGGUGUGUGCCUUCUUCAAACAGGGAACAUGUACCAAGGGUGACAAAUGUAAAUUCUCCCAUGACUUGGCUGUGGAAAAUAAGGUUGAGAAACGUUCCAUCUAUGUGGAUAUGCGUGAUGCCGAAGAGGAUGACAUGAAGAACUGGGAUGAUGCCAAACUGAAGGAGGUGGUCAAUCAGAAACAUUCCAGUGAAAAGAAACGACCGACGACUGAUAUUAUUUGCAAGUACUUCAUUGAGGCGGUGGAGAAGUCCAAGUACGGUUGGUUCUGGGAAUGUCCCAAUGGCGAAAAAUGCAUUUACCGGCAUGCUCUGCCACAGGGUUAUGUGCUGAAGAAGGACAAGAAGAAGGAAGAUAAACCAACGGAAAUAUCGCUGGUGGAUCUGAUCGAAAAGGAGAGAGCUGCACUGGGUCCCAAUACCACCAAAGUCACAUUGGAGACAUUUUUGGCAUGGAAGAAACGGAAGAUCCAAGAAAAGAAAGAUAAAAUGGCUGCUGAUGAGGAACGCAAGAAGAAUGACUUCAGCAAAGGCAAACAAUUCGGUAUCUCCGGUAGGGAAAUGUUCAGCUUCAAUCCUGAUUUGGUUGAUGACGGUCCAAUGGAGGAUGGCGAUGCUGCAUUCGACACAUACAAACGUGAAGAUAACGAAGAGGAAGAAGUCGAAUACAAAGAAUUGGAUUUGGCUUCUCUGUCAAUGUCCGCCCAGGAGGUUGAUGGAACGGGUACACAGGCAUCUGAAACACGUCUACAAGAACAAGCCGAUGCAUUGGAGAAACAAGAAGCAGAAGCGGCCGCCGCAGCUGCUGCAGCAGAAGCUGCCGAAGAGAAUGCAACAUCUAACACACCUGCCACUGAUGCUGCUCCCAUCAAUAAGGAUUUGUUUAUGGGAUUAGCAGAUGAAUUAGAUGAUUUAGAUCUGGAAGAUGAAGAUGAGGACGAAGAUGAUUAAGCGAUAG